AUGAACGCAUUUCAAGCCUGCUCAGCCUCCCCAGAAUUUGCCCAGAAUGCUCAACAGCCACGUGAAGAUAUAGCACGUGACGCGACGUCCUCCUGGACAUCGUUCCGAUUCGUUGUUGCUUGUUCUAUACUACUACUGCGGGCCUUCUUUUCCUCAUCUCAAUCCUCAUUAUCCAUGUCGUCAAAAAGCUCAGCUUGCAGUCCUAACGAGAUCGCACAAAUCAUGAGCGGCAAAUCGCAACACGGCGCGGGGGGUGAAUAUGUGCCGGAUUGGAGACCAUACAUACAAUCGCCACCUCCACCAGAAGAAGCCCCACCGCCCGCCAUGCCAGAGAUACCUGAAGCGAAACCUGGUGGUUGGCGUGUCGUUGAUAAGCGACCACCACGGAAGGCUAGGACGACUCCGAAGAAGAUAGAACCACCACCUCCGGCGGCACCUGUGUUUGAGGUGCCGCCUCCGAGGCAGAAUACACCUGCUUGGGCGCAAUGGCGACCGAACCCACUUCUUGCUCCGACACCUCCUGUAGCGCCCUCUGCUGCACCUACCGGACCACCGCCUAGAUCAGGCCUCUUUGGUGCAAGUACGCCGCCUCCGGGUGAUGCCUGUGUGCCAAUCAUGACUGCAAUUAGCGGUAUGCUGUUGCCAGUGAAGGGGACUCCAGACCAUCGGACAUUUUCUAAUGACAGCCCAGCUUACCGUUACCUGAUAACUCUCCAUGAUCUGGCGGAUUUCAAUCUCGCCUGA